AUGCUCUCUACAACUGGAUUCACGGGUCGAGCCAUACCAGGGGCUUUGACUGCUGCUACCCGGGCACUGCAAGCGAGGUUCAUCGCUGUCUCCGCUGAGGCCACACCUAACCCCUCUGCAAUGAUAUUCACUUUGGAGGGUGGGAAACCAGUUCUCGGAAAG